GUUAAACUAUGGCAUUCUUUAUGUUAAACUCCGACCAUUCCAGAAUUAACAUUCCAAAGCUUAAAGAAAAGGCAAUAUAUUGGGCAAUGUCUCAUGGAAUAUUAAUGAGAACAAAAGGAACUCAUGCUUCAUCUUCCUGUUCUGAUCAUGCACCUUUUGCUUUGUUUCCAUCUGUAACCUUGCAUUCUUUGCUUGAAGAAGCCUACUCUGUGCAAGUUGAUUUUAAUUUACUAAUUCACAAAGUUGCACAUGAUUAUAAUUUUCUCUGCAAUUCACUAAAAAGUGUUAUUGAAGUUGAUGAUUUCACUAAAAACAUGUGGGAAAUUUAUGAAGCUACACUUAAGCAAGAUGAUAAAAGAAAGCAGCAUGUAAACCUUGGAAUAUUUCGCAGUGAUUACAUGCUUCACUGUGACAAAGGAUCUUCCAGUCUAGUCAUUAAAGAUUUUGCUAAACAUCUUCAAUUAAAGCAGAUUGAAAUCAAUACAAUUGCAUCUAGUUUUGCCGGUUUAGCAACAAACAUGGUUUCUGUACACAGAUAUUCAAUGGCACUGGCAGGAUAUUAUGAAAUUGAAAAUCAGGUUCCUAACAAUAAUCCAGCAAAUGGACUUGCUAGAGGAAUGGUUGAAGCAUGGAAUUUUUAUGGUAAAGCAAAUUCGGUAGUUCUGUUUAUAGUUUCAUCUUGUGAACGAAAUAUAUUUGACCAAAAAUUAGUGGAACAUGCCAUUUUUGAAAUCAAUCCUAAAAUAUCAAUCAUUCGUCAAUCAUUGGAAGAUAUUUGUCAGAAUGGAUAUUUGAAUGAAGAAAAUAAGCUUAUUAUAGAUGGUUUAGAAAUUGCUGUUGUAUACUUUAGAGAUGGUUACUCACCUGAUAGUUAUAAAUCACAACAGGAUUGGGAAACUCGGAAAAUGAUUGAACUUUCAUUUGCUAUCAAAUGUCCAUCAAUAAAUUAUCACUUAGCUGGUACCAAAAAAAUCCAGCAGGAACUGUCUCGUCCUGGAGUUUUGGAGAAAUUUAUUCCAGAUGGUUCUCGAGUACAGAAGUUAAGAAAUACAUUUGUAGAACAGUAUAGCUUAGAAAUGACUCCUGAAGGAGAGGAAGCUGUCCGUUUGGCACUUGAAAACCCUUCCAAUUAUGUAUUGAAGCCUCAGAGAGAAGGUGGAGGUAAUAACAUCUAUGGUCAUGAGAUCAAGGAAUAUCUGUCUAAAAUUAAGAACUCUACUGAGAGAACAGCUUAUAUUUUAAUGGAGAGAAUCUUUCCUUUCACACAGAAAAACAUAUUACUAUUUGAGAAAUCAACUGAUAUUGUUGAUACUGUUAGUGAACUUGGAAUUUAUGGAAUCAUUGUUGGAGAUGAACACAAGAUUCACAUGAAUGAACAAGUUGGGCAUUUAAUGAGAACUAAAGUUCAAGGUGUAGAUGAAGGAGGUAUUUCUGCUGGUUUUGCUGCAAUAGAUUCUCCAUAUUUAGUUUAAUUCAGUUACCACUGAAAUAAUUUGAAUUUACAUUUCAUUUUAGAUUUCAUUCCUCUGAGUUUUCUCUUUGGGUAAUAAAAAAAAUUAAAUAAAGGCUAACAAUAUACAUUUAAAAAAUUGACAAGAAUCAAUGAACAUGCAAAUUAUAUUUUAUUAAGAAAAUAUAACACAGUAAAACUGACUUCUUUUGAAGACUCCUUUUUUCUAUGGUAGUAUUUACCAGAAAUUUUCUUCAAAAUCAGCAUUUAUAGAACAUUCAACCAAACCAACCAAUUUUUUAAUAAAAUAUUCAAACAUAAGUUAAUUCAAUAAACAACAAACCAAAUAACAAUUCCAAAAUAAAAAAAACUGUAAAUGAAAUGUUCUUGAUUAGAUAACUGAUAAUUUGAAACUGUAAUAUUUUAAUUUUUAGCAACAUUUUACAAUCAAAUUGAUUGUUUCUAUGAUAUAUCUUAAUCUUUCUUCACCAAGUAGUUAACUUACACAAGCUGAAAUUUGAUUACCUAUCCAUAAACACAAUGAUUCUAAAAUCAUUUGCACAUGGUUCAUUUAUCAACUGAGUUUCACUCUGUUUCUCAGAAAGGUUUAUCUGAUAUAUAAGAAAGAAUAAUAAAAUAUUGUAAUUAAAAAGAAAAAAAUAUAUUAUAGAUUUUUUUUUAAAUUUGGAAAAAUAUAUAUUAGAACCACUAGGUUAUUUCCAAUCAAAAUUUUAAUGAAAUGUGGUGUGGAAUAUUUGAAGGAUGACAUGAUUUAAUUUUCAAGUUAAAUUUUUAUGCAUAGAUAUAAACAAAAAUUACUUAAGUUUUGUCUAUAGUACCUCAUAGGGUAUUUAUAUUACUGGUGUUAUAGUAAUAUACUGUGAUGCAGUAAAAUUGAUCAACAACAUAGAGUAUGUAACCCUACAGCCAGUUAGAAGUAAACUUUGUUGCUGAAUACUUAUGCAUGUGUCAUGAGUAAAAAUUAUGAUUACAAAUUACUUUCAUGCUUCCUUAUAUCAUUUAUAUAAUGUUGAUUUCAAAUAUUUUCUUAACUAUCCUUAUACAAAAAAAAAAUCUUGUAAGUUAUUAGGGAUAUUGAAUAAAGUAAAUAUUAAUUUAGCUAUCUGAGGACAUUGAGAAUAUUUUGUUUAUACCUCUCUUCAUUUAAUUAAUUAGAGCAUUAGCUGUACACAAUCAAUACAGGUAAAAUAGUAAAUAAUUACUUUCAAAAAUCUAUUUAACAAUAAUGAUACAGAGGAAACAAAGUAUAAUUAUGAACCAUAUGUAUAGAUAAUUAAGGUGCAGAUAAUCUACAAAGGGAGCAUUCACUACAGGCUGACAAAAGGCUAAACUCUUAAGUGUAUUUGUACAAUGUUAGUGAUGGUGUAAUAAUACAGAUUGAAUAACACUUUACCACAACUAUAAAACAAUCCAAAAUUAAUUAUUGAUAAACAAUGCACCAAUAUUCCCUUACAAUAUUAUGGGAAGAUUCUAUUGCCUGGCUAAACUAUCAAGACAGAAAGUAGGAAAUUUUAGCCUGACAUAACAUUUCUUUCAGCAACGACUAUAAAGUAUGUGUGUUGGUCACAGAAAUAUGAAUAUUCAUUGUACAGAUAGUUUUUGAUAAAACCGGAAAAAUUUAACAAAGUGUAAAUUAUGUUUUUUAAAAUCCACUUCAAAAGCAUGUUAAAACAACACCUUUUGAUAGUGUAGGAACUAUUUUUUUUUCUUAAUUUAUUACAGACUGCCAUGCAUAUCUACCAAAAUACAUAGCCUACAUUUGUGUUGAUUAAAUAACAGUUAACAAUAAAUUACUACAGUAUUUUUUGUAACUAAGACAGGCAUGAUUUAAGAAAAAUACAGUAUGUCACAAAAUCCUAUCAUCAUUAAACUUUUAAAAAAUUUCAGUUCACAUAAUUAUUAAUGUAGAAAUGAGCACAUAAGAAAUUAGCAACAUUUGAGUAUUUUGAAUACUUGUAUUAGCAGGAAGAAUAUUCAUGGAUUGAGAAAUGGCACCAUUUGUUUGUUUGGGAUAUUAUUCUAUAACAUUUUUGUAGAUUUUGUUGAAUUUAAAUAAAAAAAAAAUGAAUUGAU